UAUUACAAUCAAGAAAACCUAAAUUUGGAUGAAACUGGCAGGUUCAAGUCCACUGAAUAAAGGCAAACAAAGCUCCGUAACAAUAAAACACUUGUAAACCAACAAGUGCUGCAUUCAGGUGCAGUAGUUAAAUGACAACUGUAACUCAUUGAAACAAGCAGCCGGUGCGUUCAGUUGCACUCGGUAAGGAAUAACUUUGUUUCAUGCAGUAAAAAAUAAAAUAAAAUAAACACUUUGAUGAAAUAAGAAAUACGGUGCUUUAAAUAAGCAGCUAAUGCGUUCAGGUACACUCAGUUAAAACGAUGAAGCCUUUUGUGGGGAACGCAUGCAAGCACAUUUUCGUUUUAGGCUCUUUAAAUCUAACAUCUUAACUGUUAGAUACUGACUACAAAACGUACAAUAUAAAUUUUCACUCAAGGGCAGGCAUACCAACGCUGCCUCAUUUAAUUUAAAGUACAUUGGUUAAUUUUUAUGAGUUAAAGUGACAUGUCCGCGGGUUGUGAAUGAGCGUCGUGACGUCGUUCUUGCGAAGUCCGAGGGGCCCUGAAGGCAGCGGGGCAGCUAGGCUUGUAGAAGGCGGUUAAUGCGUGUUGAGUUGGUUCAUUCCGUGCGAGGGUUCGCACCUGAGGGGUCGCGUGUGGUGCGAGGGAUGCGGUGGGACGUCGCAAGUCUCCGGACGAGGAGCCGGGGUAAAAUACCAACAAGUUUGUGUUGUUGAGUUGACUUGUUUUUGUUUGAAACGUGCAUGUGAACGUGGAUAACGUCACGCGAGACCUUUGCUUCCCCCCCCUACUAACUUGUUGGAUUUUAGUCGGCACUGUGUGACUGCUUCGUGCAUUUUGGAGGAGUUGUGAUUUUUUUUUUUUCCUCCACGUGGAUUAAUAAUCAAAGACUCUGCACAAGAAAAUGGACUUCAACGGCACAGGACUAUAAACCAUUGGUUCUGGUUUUAAAUGGACCUAAACAACACAAAAGUUUAAGAUGAUUUUUGGUUUGGUUUAAAUCGACCCUAAGACUGCAAGACUUUGCAACCAUUUUUUUUGCCUUGGUUUUAUUUGAAAUGGACCACAAGAAUUUUAGAUCAUUUUUGGUUUGGUUUUAAAUGGACGCCCAAACCACAAAAUUUUAAGACCACUUUUUAAUUAAAUGGAGUCAAUGAUGAGGUUACUGCUGGUCCUGCUCAUCCAGAGUGGGUCCCGGGUCUAUGCAGCUUCCAAGGAGAUCUCGUGCGAACCGAUCACAGUACCCAUGUGCCGAGGCAUUGGCUACAACCUGACCUACAUGCCCAACCAGUUCAACCACGACACCCAGGAGGAGGUGGGCCUUGAGGUGCACCAAUUCUGGCCCCUGGUCCGGAUCCGCUGCUCCCCGGACUUGCUGUUUUUCCUGUGCAGCAUGUACACGCCCAUCUGUCUACCAGAUUACCGCAAGCCUCUACCGCCGUGCCGUUCUGUUUGUGAACGUGCUAAGCGUGGGUGCUCGCCCCUCAUGAGCCAGUACGGCUUCGAGUGGCCCGAGCGGAUGAGCUGCGAGCGUCUUCCACGACUGGGCGGCGACACCCUCUGCAUGGACCAGAACGGAAGCGAGGCGACCACCGCGCCGCCGCCGCCGCCCUUCGCCAUACCAACGUCCAAGAACCGCCACAGAGCGAACGCCGCGGCCCAAAAUGAGCGCGAGUGCCGCUGCCGGGAGCCCUUGGUGCCCAUCAAAAGGGAGUCACAUCCCUUGUAUGGGCGGGUCCGCACGGGGCCGCUCCUCAACUGCGCGCAGCCGUGCCACCAGGCGUACUUCUCGGAGGACGAGCGAACCUUCACCACCUUGUGGGUGGGGCUGUGGGCGGCGCUCUGCUUCGCAUCCACCCUCACCACCGUGGCCACCUUCCUCCUGGACAUGCAGCGUUUCAAGUACCCCGAGCGACCGAUCAUCUUCCUGGCUACUUGUUACCUCUUCGUGUCGUUGGGGUAUAUCAUCCGGCUGGUGGCCGGGCACGAGCGAGUGGCGUGCGCUCCCCUCUCGGAUCAGUUCCACAUCCUCUACGAUACGGGCGGUCCUGCUCUGUGCACCCUGGUCUUCCUGCUGAUCUACUUCUUUGGCAUGGCCAGCUCCAUCUGGUGGGUCGUUUUGUCUUUCACGUGGUUCCUGGCAGCGGGCAUGAAGUGGGGAAGUGAGGCCAUCGCUGGGUACUGUCACUACUUCCAUUUGGCCGCCUGGCUGGUCCCCAGCGUCAAGACCGUUCUGGUUCUGGCCCUCAGCGCUGUGGACGGGGACCCGGUGGCCGGCAUCUGCUACGUGGGCAACCAAAGCCUGGAGAACCUUCGAGGCUUCGUCCUGGCUCCCUUAGUGGUCUACCUGUUCGCUGGCUCGUUCUUCCUCCUCGCCGGUUUCGUGUCGCUCUUCCGCAUCCGCGGUAUUAUCAAGCAAGGCGGCACCAAGACCGACAAACUGGAACGUCUCAUGAUCCGAAUCGGACUCUUCGGGGUGCUCUACACAGUGCCCGCUGCGGUCGUGGUGGCCUGCCUGGUUUACGAGCAGCACCGCCGCCCCGAUUGGGACCAGGUGCUGGCCUGUUCUUGCGCAGCCGAGCGCCAGCGGCUGGGUGGCGGACCCGAUUUUGCCGUCUUCAUGCUCAAGUACUUUAUGUGCUUGGUGGUGGGCAUCACAUCGGGGGUCUGGAUCUGGUCUGGGAAGACCUUGGAGACCUGGCGCAGGUUUCUGGUGCGGUGCUGCCCCUGGUGGCGCCACAAGGUGGCAGCCCCGUCCCCUGUGUAUGCAGAGGCCGCCGCCGCCGCUUUAACAGGACCCGUUCCCGGAAUGUACCAUAAAGCCCCAUCUCAUAUAUGACACUUUAGUCCUUAAACCUGGGGCCGGAAGAUCUAGAUCUUCAGGUCCAAGGAACCACACUUGAAGCAGUACUUCCUGACGCACUCACAGACUAAACUUUAUUUAUUGAUGUAAAUAUUGAAAGAAGGUCCAGGUCCUGCUUUUGGUCUUGGACUACGAAGGUGUACAAAAAUGUAAAGGGAACUGAACUUGAGCUUCGAAUCCAAGUUUCAGUUAUUGCUUCGGGCCUUCAGCGCCAUCUGCUGGUGGUAAGAAGGGCUGCUUAACAUGAUUGCCCAUACUCAGACCCAUAGGAAACAAACGUUAGUCAUGUGACUCGGAUGUUUAUUUCUACUUGGCAAAUGCCGACGUCUCCUCGACUGUCUGGCAAUUGCAGUCAGCUUUCAAAAAAAUUAUUAAUAAUUGUUCACUUUAAAUUCUGCAGUUGCUCAGUUUCAAUUAUGAUAAAUCUGAAUAGUCACUUGAGCCGGAGCCAUUUUUAAAAUUUUUAUUUUAUGAAGAAUUUCAAUUAAGAAUCAAAACAGUCAGUCACCUGAUAUUUUCAUAUUCAUUCAUAUGUGGACAAUGCUAAUGUUGACCCAUUUUCCUGAAAGUUCCAGAAUCAUAAUUUUCUAAUUGAUUCAUCAUUUGCCCCUUGGAUUUCUAGUGUUUCUAAUCUUAAACAAUCCAUCCAUCCACCCACCCAUUAACCCCAUAAUGUAAAUACAUAAUUGGACAAUGCCGAGGGUUCGUAAUCAGAGUUAAAAAAAAAAAACAUUCAUAAUUUGCUGCUUGAAAUUCCGCUUUUGCUCAUUUUAAAUCGCCAGACAUGCCAAUGAACGGUUUUCUUUUGUUCGUUUUUUUAACCGUUUUAUGUUGACUCAUCGUUCACCGAUGCUGAUGUUUAGUUGGAUGCCUGACGGUUCUGGAAUCAGGAUUUAAAAAAAAAAAAAAAAAAAAAAAAUCUAAAUCAUUUGCCACCUGACAUUAUGCGGUUGCCUGUUUAAAAUAGUUCGAUGUUUUAAUGGUCUCAAAACUAUUGGGGAAAUAAAGAUUUUUCAGUAUAUUCCGCAACAAUGACAAAAAGGUCAUUUCACCAUCGAAAAUCUUCACUGGAUCCUUUCUUUUAGAUUUCUCUUUGUUGUAUAUUCGUUUGUAUAAAAAUGUGCAGAUUUUGGGACUAAAGAAGCAGUUUGUUAACACUAUGGUGAGGUUUUCUUUUGGUCUGAGACACACAAAGGACUCAAGAUAGUGUUUUACAUGCUGAUGCUCCUCUGAGGUCCUUUUUAUAGAUGUAUCCCUGAAAUGAUAUUUUUCUGCUGGCAGUUGAAGUGAAUAGACCGAUUAAAAUGUGACGAUUUUCAACUA